CCACAGAUAUAGAUUAUAAACAGAUUACUGAUAAGUGCCAAUAUUAGCAUAUAUAGAACAUUAUACCGUGUUGAAAACGAUCCAUAUAAUUUUUUAUAAAAAGUAAAUUAUCAACUUACUCUUGUAGGUGUAUCUGGAUGAAACAAGUUUUAACUUAUAGAAGUUGGAGCGUUGUAGUAACCGUUCGCAGAUUUGCUCUUCCCCAUACUUCGAUGUGUUUGGUCUACGAAAGUUUUUAACAUCGUAGUGUCAAACUCCAAAACUUUUGAACUAACCAAACAGAUUGUCUUAAACAGUGCACUGACUCAAUUUCUUUUAGUCGAAAGUAUUAUCAUGGCUUUGCGAUUCAUAAAACGUACUUACAAUCGAAUGUUUCUCGCUAAAGAUCCGAUGCCACCUUAUGCGAGCCAUGUGGUACAAAUCGGUGAUCCCGUAUUGCGAAAUAAAGCAUCCCCGGUCCCUUUGGAGAAAAUUGGGACCAAAGAAGUACAAAAUCUUAUUUACAUUAUGAAAUCACUGAUGAAAAAAUCAAAUCUAAUUGGCUUGGCUGCACCUCAAGUUGGUAUACCGUUUCAAAUAUUUGUAAUUCAUUUUCCGCGUCCAUCCCAUUAUUUCAGCAAAGAAGAGAUAUUACUUAAAGGAAUGGAACAUGUUGAAAAUCAGGUUUGGAUAAAUCCUGAGCUUAAGGUUUUGAAUCACGAAAAAGUUACGUUCAAUGAAUCCUGUGCGAGCUUUAAGGGUUAUUCAGCAGAUGUACCUAGAUACAAGCGCGUUCUUCUAACAGGAAUUGAUGAAAAUGGGGAGAAAAAAACUUUAGAUGCAAAAGAAUGGACUGCUCGAAUAGUUCAGCAUGAAAUGGAUCAUUUAAAUGGAGUGAUGUACAGUGAUCGCAUGGUACUUAAUAGCCUAUGUUGUACAGGAUGGCACACUAUUAAUCAAUUUCAAGGAUUUGUAGAACUUCGGUAUGAAAAUUAGUAAAAUGGUGAAUUUUUAAACAUUUAAUAAUCCAUUGUCUUUUUUUUAUGGCAAUGAAAGAAAACUGUUUAUUACCUAGUUAAUAUUUUUGUAUUAUAAAAAUUCUUUUCAAUAAUUGAUUAUUCAAUUUUUACUAUCUUGUCAUUUUGGCAUGUUUUUUAUAUAUACAAUGAUGAGUCAAGGAUGUCUAAAAUGGUAAAUUUUAAUUAAUUUGAUUAAUAUAGGACCUUACGAUCAUACAGUUGUUUAUAAAUGGCAAAUAAAGAACAUAUUUAACAUUAUUUAA